UCGUCACACCGCUCAACAGAUUCAACGACUUGAAUCGAGUUUCAAGGAGUGUGCUCAUCCAGAUGAUAAGCAGAGGAACCAACUUAGCAGAGAAUUGGGUUUGGCUCCAAGACAAACCAAGUUUUGUUCCAGAACAGAAGAACAGAAGAACUCAGCUUAAGGCGCAACAUGAGAGAGCAGAUAACAAUGCACUAAAGGCAGAGAACGACAAGAUUCGAUGUGAGAACAAAGCCAUUAGAGAAGCACUCAAGCAUGCUAUAUGCCUUAACUGUGGAGGUCCUCCCGUUAGUGAAGAUCCUUACUUCGAUGAGCAUAAGCUCCGGAUCGAAAAUGCACAUUUUAGAGACGAGCUUAAAAGAAUGUCAACGGUUGCACCAAAUUACAUGGGAAGACCAAUCUCCUCCCACCUCUCAACGCUACACCCAAUGCACAUCUCACCGUUGGAUCUGUCCAUGGCUGGUGCUUCACUGGAUUUUGAUCUUCUUCCAGGGAGUUAUAUGCAUUAUCAGCCUAAUAACUUGGCUACUAUAUCAGACAUGGACAAGCCUCUUAUGAACGACAUUGCUUUGACUGCGAUGGAAGAAUUGCUUAGGCUUUUUUAAUACAAACAAACCUCUCUGGACUACAGCUGAUUGUGGCGGCGGCAGAGGCGUUCUCAACUUGAUGCUCAGGUUUAUAUGUUUGCAGAGUUUGACUAUGAAACCGGUGCUGGUCAAUGCUUCCUCAGUAAGUAAGAUGCUCAAAUAAUAGGCUGUUAGUUCCGAUCAUGAAAAGCAACAAAAUCGUGGACUUUAGAUUCUCAAUGGUGAAUGUAUAAUAGUAUUUAACUUUGGAAGAUUAUACAUAGACUGUCUCAGAUUUUUGAAGAAUGAUACAAUCAGUUUAUGGUUA